AGAAGCCGCAUCAGUUGGUCCGGUGGUCCGCUCACGAAGAGACCGUUUGGGCUGUUUGUUGUUCCAGCUUCCGCCUCGAGCAACCGGGGAACAAACCCGCGGGGCCUUCCACGUGUUCACCGACGUUUUUACGGUGUCUUUACCGGUUUGUUGUUGUUUGUUUUUAACUUAAUUCACCGGUAAGCUAGAAAACGGUCUGCUAGCUUGUGUGAGAUUCGCGUUACCAUGGUGACGUUCCGCACCGGAAGCCGCGGGGACCCGGAUGUGAGCAUCGGGCCGCACCGGAAGAAUCCCAAACCGGGAACCCGGGGCCGGGACGCCCGGGAGGAGACCCCGGGACUGUCCCACCCGAGUCAGGGAACUAACGCUGAGGAAGAGGAACGUGACCCCGAUGGUUCAGGGAGGAAGGCCGAGGAUGACGGGCGAGCGGUGGCGGCCUCCAUCAGGAAGUCUCAGAGGCGUCAGAACGCUGCCGGUGGAGGAGGGAGGAGUGGUCUGAGGAGAAGCUCCCGGCCGGUGAAUCCCGUCAGCAGAUAUCAGACCUCCGGCCGCUCAGUCAGCUCCAGAGCGGACGCGUCGGUCCUGAAGAAGCGGCUCGUUAACGACGUCGACUCGAAGAGCUACUCUGAAGUGAGGAAGAGGAGGAGAACAGAGGAGCCUCCUCAGGUGGACAUCAGCAGCUUCGAGAAGGGUGGACUCGUGGACGAGGACAGGAAGCAGGAAGCGGCAGCAGAGGACAACAGCUGCGAGGUCCCGAGAGCAACGUUCAAGGUCGGCGGCGCCGGACCGAGCCCGGCCCGCGAGGCAGCCUUCAGACUCACAGACAGCGAGACGUCGGACAAAGACAGCGACGAUGACAAAGACAGCGACUCCGAGGAAGACUCGGAGGAUGAAGAGCGCAGCGUGGGGAAGGUCUCUGGAAGCCGCCGGCCGCUCGGCCUCCUCGGCGAGGACCUUCUGGAGACUCGCCGAGACGAGAAGAUGAACGGAGGAGCCGAGCUGGCAGACAUCGAUCCCGCCGCCAUCCACCAAUCGGUGGGCUUUGACAGCAUCGGGGGUCUGGCAGGUCACAUCUUGGCCCUGAAAGAGAUGGUUGUGUUCCCGUUGCUUUACCCAGAAGUCUUUGACAACUUCAAGAUCCAGCCUCCCAGAGGUUGCCUGUUUUACGGGCCCCCCGGGACGGGGAAGACGCUGGUGGCCCGGGCGCUGGCCAGCGAGUGUAGCCACGGCAACAGGAAGGUGUCCUUCUUCAUGAGGAAGGGCGCCGACUGCCUCUGCAAGUGGGUGGGCGAGUCGGAGCGGCAGCUGCAGCUGCUGUUUGAGCAGGCCCAUCAGAUGCGUCCCUCCAUCAUCUUCUUCGACGAGAUGGACGGGCUGGCUCCGGUCCGGUCCAGCAGACAGGACCAGAUUCACAGCUCCAUCGUGUCCACGCUUCUGGCUCUGAUGGACGGGUUGGACAGUCGGGGCGAGGUCGUCGUGAUCGGCGCGACCAACCGCCUGGACGCCAUCGACCCGGCGCUGCGACGGCCCGGGCGCUUCGACAGGGAGUUCCUGUUCGGCCUGCCCGACCGGGAGUCCCGUAAAGAGAUCCUGAAGAUCCACACGAGGCAGUGGAGGCCCGGCCCGUCGGACGACUUCCUGGAACAACUGGCCGAGAGAUGUGUCGGCUACUGCGGCGCCGACAUCAGGGGCGUUUGCACAGAGGCGGCGCUGUGCGCUCUGCGCCGCCGCUACCCGCAGAUCUACGGGACGUCCCACAAGCUCCUGUUGGACGUCUCCUCCAUCGCUGUCGGGGGACGCGACUUCCUGGCGGCCAUGGCGAAGACGCUGCCGGCCUCCCGCCGCUGCGCCGCCUCGCCCGCCUCGGCGCUGUCGGCCGUGGUGCGCCCCCUGCUGGGCGGAGCCCUGCGCCGCGCCCUGAAGGAGCUGCAGAAGCUGUUCCCUCACGCGGAGCAGGGCGUGAAGAGGAGGAGGGAGCCGGACGGGACCCCGGGUUUCCUUGACGACGGGCUGACGGAGGGAGACGACGAGGGCGCCUUCUCCAAAGCCUUCACCUCCAAAAGCCGCCCCUUCCUGCACUUCUCCAGGAGUGCAGCCAAACACCCGACGUCCCACCGUCCCAGGAUGCUCCUCGGCGGUCCUCCUGCUUCGGGUCAGACCUCCCACCUGGCUCCGGCCUUGCUGCACGCCCUGGAGCGCUUCCCCGUCCACAACCUGGACUCGGCGGUGCUGUUUGGGGUCAGCGGGACGAGCCCGGAGGAAGCCUGCGCCCAGGUGUUCUGUGAGGCCCGGCGGACGGCUCCCAGCAUCCUCUACCUGCCCCACAUGCAGCAGUGGUGGGAGGCCGCGGGGUCCUCGCUGAGGGCGUCCUUCCUCAGCCUGCUGGCCGCCGUCCCCUCCCUCUCCCCCAUCCUCCUCCUCGCCACCUGCAGUGACAACUACCAGGAGCUGGACCCAGAGAUUCAGGCUCUGUUUCGGGAGGAGUACGGGGAGGUUCACAUCGUCAGCGUUCCCACCCGGCAGGAGAGGAGUGACUUCUUCCAGGACCUCCUCCUGAACCAGGCGGCCGAGGCUCCGCCUUCCAAACCAGCCGUGGCCGAGGCCGUGGAGGUGCUUCCCCUGGCUCCCAUGCCCCGCCCCCGCCAGCUGCCGGAGCGGGAGCGCCUCCGCCUGGAGGAGCAAGAGGAGGACGUGCUGCGGGACCUCCGCCUCUUCCUGCGCUAUGUCACGGAGAGUUUGGCUCAGGACCGCCGCUUCAAGGCCUUCGCCAAGCCGGUGGACACAGAGGAGGUGCCGGACUACACUCUGGUGGUGAAGGCGCCGAUGGACCUCUCCACGCUGCUGACCAACAUCGACGAGCAGAAGUACGUCACGGUGGACGAGUUUGUGUGCGACGCCGACCUCAUCUGGAAGAACGCCUUGGAGUACAACCCGGACAGCGACCCCAUGGACCGUCACAUCCGUCACCGGGCGUGCGCCCUGAGGGACGCGCUGCGCUCCAUCAUCAGAGCCGAGCUGAACGAAGGCUUCCAGAGAGCCUGCGAGGAGAUCCGAGCCUCUCGGACGCAGAGAGCCUCCUCCUGCUGGACCAAACCCGAGGAGGACAGCAGAAGAGGGAGCGAAGCUCCACCAGAGAGAGAGACCAGUGCCAACAUGGCCGCCGCCAACAUGGCCGCCGCGGAGAGGAAGCAGCCGCCCAGCAGGAAGAGGCUCGACCGGGCCGCCCCCCCACUGCUAAUGGAUCAACACAAACUAAGGGACGUCCUCAAGCGGGCCGUGGAUGGAACGGAGGGCUUCGAGGUGGAGCCGCUGGAGAAGCUUCACGCUCUCCUGGCUCAGUGCAUCUACCGACACCGCAACGACCGCAACAAGAAGGAGCUCCUUCAGGAAAUGAAGGAAGAAAUCGCCAGCUUUGUUUCAUCUCCGGCUCCAGUUCUGUUUAAAUAAAUCCUCAUCAAACAAGAA